AUGUCUUGCCUGAAGAAUGUUUUGGAAGAUGAGCUGGGCCGUGCUCCUACUGAGUUGAUGGAGGGACUGAUGGGCUUCCGUGAGCGGAAGGGCGUAGGCGCGGACGCCGUCGGCAAGGAGACGGGCGAGUCGGGCCUGCCGGCCGAGGAGGCGACCGAUCGCGACCUGCCGGCCGACCUCGCACGGCGACAGCUCGUCCCAGCGGGUCGUGAGCACCGGACGGGCCGGGACGAGGCUGUGCAACGGUCGGCUCGACCAACCCUCGGCCAGAUCCAGAUCCAACUCCUCCCAGAAGACCGGCUCCUCGGGCCGACGUUGUGGCCGCCCGGCCUCUGGCGCAGACGCCAACGCCAACGCCGACGCCGGCAGAUGAAAGCCUUCGGUGAGGAGGGUGGAAGAGGCGAGUGCCUCCCAUUCGUCACUGCUCCGCGUCGACGUCUGCCGACGCCGGCGAGGCGGCAGUGA